UUUUCGUGAGGAACAUCGACUCUCAUUAUAUCAGUUCCAAAUUCGAGUCAAGUCUUUCAUUGGCGCGAGUAAACAGUUCAGGCGCGGUGGGGGGAAACCGAUUCGACAAUCUCACGAGACAGAAUGAGAUUUACUGAUUAUUGUUUACAUUGUUUAAAAAAAUAGAGAAACGAACCGAAUCGACCCGGAUUAGUUGACAAGCUACCAAAUAGGCCGAAUUGAUGGGAAAGGGGUCAUUUCCGCGGCAAGCUGCAGACAAGAGAUGAGCCGAAGACUGUUUGCUGACUGAACCUGCUUUACAUCGACCGAACUCUAACCAAUGAGCCCAGUUAGCUAGCUAGCCAAGUUGCUAGCUAACUAGAGUUAGCAAGGUAUCGAUCUGGAUUUAAGUUAGUUAACAGUUACCCUGAGGAGAAAUAAAUAAUAACCAACGCUUGGAUAUCGAAAUACCUUUGCGACUUCUUGUUCCAAAUGAACGUUUUUAGGUAAACGGAAUUGUCGGGUCCAGCGUAAGCUGAGGUAGAGAACGCCUGCUAGGCUGGGGCCCACAAAGAGCGGAGACGAGUAAGCCCGGGGUUACCCGUGCAGGGGCAGCGGUAGAAAGGGGCCUGGGAAAUCCCGAGGAUCUCCAGGCCUCCACGCGACUCUCCAUCAGCCCCCAAGGACCAGGGCCUGCACAGCACACCCUGGACACCGAAUAGUGAGGAGGACGGGGAUUUGGACAAGGCCUCUGGCGAAAGUGUCGGAGUUAUUUGGAAGGUGAAAGUGGUUGAUACCCAGAAAGACCCGAGGCCCGUGAAAAACGACACCGCUGCAGACAUGAUGGAGGAACUGCACAGCCUGGACCCACGGCGGCAGGAGCUGCUGGAGGCUCGCUUCACGGGCAUGGGCGUGGCCAAGGGUUCGGCACACAACGAGUCAUCCAAUCAGAGCCUGUGCAGCGUGGGUUCUCUCAGCGAUAAGGAGUUGGAGACCCCGGAGAAGAAACCCAACGACCAGAGGACACGGAAGAGGAAAGGAGAACCUUACGAUGGCAGUCAAGGGAAAGGAGGAACAAGAGGGCAUAAAAUUAGUGAUUAUUUUGAGUUUGCGGGCGGUAGCGGUCCUGGUACCAGUCCUGGUCGAUGUGUCCCGCCAGUGGUCCGCUCCUCCCCCCAGCAUUCCCUCUCUAACCCUCCAGCCUCGGUGCAGCAGGGCAGCCCUUCCUCCAUAGGCUCAGCGAAUACUGACCACUCCACUAGUUCUCUGAAGCCCAUCUCGCUCCACACCGCACACAAAGCCAUACAGUCUGACCUCACGAUAGAGAAACUCACCGCGCUGGAGAACAACAAGAACUCGGACCUGGAGAAGAAAGAGGGGCGCAUAGACGACUUGUUACGGGCGAACUGCGACUUGCGGCGGCAGAUUGACGAGCAGCAGAGGAUGCUGGAGCGGUACAAGGAGCGGCUGAACAAGUGUGUGACCAUGAGCAAGAAGCUGCUCAUCGAGAAGUCAAAGCAGGAGAAGAUGGCGUGCAGAGAUAAGAGCAUGCAGGACCGGCUGCGGUUGGGCCACUUCACCACGGUGCGGCACGGCGCCUCCUUCACCGAGCAGUGGACGGACGGAUACGCCUUCCAGAACCUCAUCAAGCAGCAGGAGAGGAUCAACUCUCAGCGAGAGGACAUCGAGAGGCAGAGGAAGCUGCUAGCCAAGAGGAAGCCCCCCGCCAUGGGCCAGACCCCUCCGCCCAGCCUGGAGCAGAACAAGCGCAAGAGCAAGACCAACGGAGCGGAGAACGAGGCGUUGACGCUUGCAGAGUAUCACGAGCAGGAGGAGAUCUUCAAACUGAGGCUGGGGCAUCUAAAGAAGGAGGAGGCGGAGAUCCAGGCAGAGCUGGAGCGGUUGGAGCGCGUGAGGAACCUGCACAUCCGGGAGCUGAAGAGGAUACACAACGAAGACAACUCACAGUUUAAAGACCACCCUACACUGAAUGACCGGUACCUGCUUUUACACUUAUUGGGAAGAGGAGGUUUCAGUGAAGUCUACAAGGCCUUUGACUUGACGGAGCAGAGGUACGUGGCUGUUAAAAUCCACCAGCUCAACAAGAACUGGCGGGACGAGAAGAAAGAAAACUACCACAAGCACGCCUGCAGGGAGUACAGGAUCCACAAGGAGCUGGACCACCCCAGAAUAGUGAAACUCUACGACUACUUCUCGCUCGACACCGACUCGUUCUGCACAGUUCUGGAGUACUGUGAGGGUAACGACCUGGACUUCUACCUGAAGCAGCACAAGCUGAUGUCGGAGAAAGAGGGUCGCUCAAUCAUCAUGCAGAUCGUCAACGCGCUCAAGUACCUCAACGAGAUCCGACCGCCCAUAAUCCACUACGACCUCAAGCCCGGUAACAUCCUCCUGGUGAACGGAACGGCCUGUGGCGAGAUCAAAAUCACAGACUUCGGCCUGUCCAAGAUCAUGGACGACGACAGCUACAACUCGGUGGACGGGAUGGAGCUGACCUCCCAGGGAGCCGGGACCUACUGGUACCUGCCGCCUGAGUGUUUUGUUGUGGGGAAGGAACCGCCCAAGAUCUCCAACAAGGUGGACGUGUGGUCAGUCGGGGUCAUCUUUUACCAGAGCCUGUACGGCCGGAAGCCAUUUGGACACAAUCAGUCCCAGCAGGACAUUCUGCAGGAGAACACCAUCCUAAAGGCCACAGAGGUCCAGUUCCCACCCAAGCCUGUCGUCUCACCUGAAGCCAAGGCCUUCAUCCGCCGCUGCCUGGCCUACCGCAAGGAGGACCGCAUUGACGUGCACCAGCUGGCCAGUGACCCCUUCCUCAUGCCCCACAUCCGUAAGUCUGUGUCCACCACCGGGACGCCUGGGGGAGCCAUGCCCUCCACCUCCGGCUCCUUCAACAGCAGCUCCUCCAACUGAGCAAAGCUGCCAGCCCAUCCCUCGGAGCUCCGCUGAGGAGCCUGGGGUUCUCCCGGCCUGCUCGCGCCCGACACACCGCCGAGAGAGAGCGUGAGAGAGCCAGCGAAAGAGAUUGAGCAGACCCAGGCACAGAGAAGGGGAGGCCCAGGGCACAAUCCCAGGGUGAAGACUACGUCCCUCCCCAACCAGGACCUGCUGAACUCCCAGGAACAGAGCCCACCUCCUCCUCCUCCUCUCCUCUCCUCUGCUCCACCUCCGCUCCCAGCCUGCGACAGGGUGGAUCCAGGGAGCCGGGGACUCUGCUCCGCAGACCCCUGCUAUUAAGAGAAGAGGGUUUCUUUUUUAACUUUUUCUUGGUUCUAUUUCUCGGCGAAACCCGAUGAGGCCGACCGAAGAAUAGCCCCUCAGACUGAAGGGGAGACCCAGCCCCCCAUGGUCCUCUCCCCUUUCCCGGGACGUGGGGGUGAGGUAGUUCUCUUCCCGAAUCGGUGGUAAGAGCCCCGGCUUUGGGCCUCAGUGGGCCCCCAGGCCUGGUCCGCAGCGUCUCUCGGCCCCCGGAGGAGCUCCAGCAGGCUCGGGAAAGGCUGCACUCCCUUUCUCUCCCACGACCAAAGUUCCAGACUACCUGUUGGUGACACCGUUCUGUUUUCAUUCUUCGAGUUUUGUAGUGAGAAACGGAAAGGAACCGAAGAGAGGCUCAUGUUUCAUGAAGUUGCUAUUUGAGCAUCCAUUUAACAUUUUAACACAUCAAACUGGAAAUGGACUUUUCUUAAUAUUUCAGCCCCUCUUUUUUCAUAUUUCCCCCCCAUUAUUACAAGGGGGGGCUGGAAUAUCAUUGUGUACUGUGAGGGGGAAGAGGGCCUUCGAAGAGAAUUGCAUAUAAACCAUUAAAUACUAUUGUUUAAAAAAA